UCCGCCUCUCAUUUGCCCUGAGCACCCCAUUGCUACCCGGGACUUGUAUCACGAGAGGUGUUGGCUCACUUCUGGAUUGUCCACCGUAGAAUACGGAGAUACUCCACCAACUACUCAGUGAUCUCGACAAAAUUUAAUUUUAACCAAACAAGUAUCACAACAAAACUAAUAUUUUAUUUAGUUUUUACUCUUCAGAAAACUCGACGAGAUGACCUUCUCUUGGACGCGGCUUUUCUGCGUGGGAAUCGUUGUCGUAGCAGUUGAAUCAUUAGCUACUGGAUUAUUGGAAGAUGUUACCAAAGCUGAUCAAAUUAUGCGACCUAAAGCAAAGCGAACGCAAGAAAUUUUGAUGUUCGGAAACCAACAAAACCGACGAAUCGACAAUGUAGCAGCAGCAUCGUCAGCAAAUGUCGAAAAAAGGACACUUGGAGCUUCAGGAUUUGAAGAUGUAAAGGCAGCUUUAUCGGAUGAAGAGGGAUUCAGUGACUACAAACAACCCCUGAACCCACUGUUUGAACGUGACAAUCUUUCACCCUACGAAAAAAAUUAUCUAUACGGCAAGGUAAUGAUGAACGAGGUCAACGAUGAUUUACCAAGAAACUGGGAAAUUCCACCGUACCCACGGUACUUUAACUACGGCGAAGACCGUCGUAAAAGAUCCGAGAAAACCGGAAGUAACAAUAACUCCAGUCCUUCAUCUACAGUCCGCCCAACGCAAUCAACUCCACCUUCAUCAGCAACAACAGCUUCUCCUCCACCCGCAACCACCCGGAGUACUCAGCGUACCAGUUUAGUUCAAGCGAAACGAAGCCCUCCUGUUUAUUCAGAAUUAAGGUAUAAACGAGCUCUAGACCGUGAAGAUCUUUUAGCUUUGCUGUCCCUUUGGGAAAACAGCUCCCGUAACAGGAACUGGAGGAACUACGGCAAUGAUGAAUACGAAAACAUAGAAGAUGAUGGCAGCGUUGCGGGGCUGGAUGAUGAAGAUCCACGAUCUGGUACAUGGUUAGAAGAACCUGUUUACUCUCCGCACCACUUUAAUCUUAACUCAGAUGCUGUAGCUUCGGAAAUUGGAAUACCAAGAACUCACCCAGUUAAUCCUUAUGAGCAAUACAACACUCAGUAUGUACCUCCCUAUGAGAAUACGCAGUACGGAGCAGCUCAAUAUGGUUCAUUGUAUCCUCAACACAGUUAUUACCCAUCUGAGAAAAGGUUUAUGGUCGCACGGAAACGUUCUGUGGGGAACGACUUCUAUACCGGUCACAACGGCGAUGACUUCGUAAGGUUUUCCCCGAUGAUGAACUCACUAUCUCAAAGAUAUCUCAAUUAUCCUCAACGCAUGCUUUAUUAAUUCAAUUAAUCGUCACUCUACGAUUCUGUUGGAAACAAGAAACAAGAAAUAAUGGUCAUGAGUUAUGAUUCAUUUGCAUAAGUCCAGGUAUCUUCAGAUUAACGUUAACAAGUUAUACAGAAACAAAUAAUAUAUUUUAUUUUUAAUUUCAUUUAUCGUUACCAAUGUAAAAAAAAAUGAUAACGCGGCUCUGGAGAUUUCUGACUUAAAAUAAGAUUGAAAACAUUACGUUUACAAAAAAUAUUUAUAUGGUGUGUCUUAAAUUUAUAACGUGAUUUUUGGAAGAAAGACUAAGGAUCAAGAAAUGAAUAAAUACAUUCAUGUUACUAAUUAAUUAUUAAAAAAUAUACAAAUUAUUAUAUAUGAAGUAAAUGAUAUGACUGAUUUACAAAAUUUAAGUAUACGUUUAUUAAAUAAUUUAUUAUUUAUUAUUAUAAAAGUUAAUUAUUAAACUUUGUUUUAAUUUAUUAGUUGGAUUAAAAUUUCACACGACACAGUACGAGUUUUAACUUCAUUUUAUCUAUUGACAGCAUGAAUUUAUUAUAACAAUAUUAUUUUACAACAACAGUAAUGUCAUAUAGAGUUAAUUAGAUAUUCGAAAAUUGUAAACUAGUUCAUGAUUAAUAUGGAAAAUUUAUAAUCAAAUGAAACCUAUAAGCAAAACGACAUACAAGCUCUAACUACGUUAAUAAUAGAAUUAUCUAGAUCAAAGGAUGCCUAUGGGUUGGCUAAAAUCUAUUAAUUAAGGCCAUUUAACUUUGAGUAUACACAGUAAUUAACUUACUUCCAUUCAAGGUUUGCUCUAUAUACUUUUUGAAUUUGAAUCAUUUAUUAACUCGACUAUUAUUUUCAACACCAUACAAUUUUAGUGUAAAACGCACAAUAAUUUGAUACUCGAAAAGAAUAUAAAAUUUUUAUGGCACUGUUUUAAAUUUUGAAUAUUUAAUAUUAUUAAUUAUAUUAGCGCCAAGACAAUUACCAAAAAUUACUGGUUUGAUAUAAUAUAUAACUUAAUAUAUAUAAAUUAUAAAUACAAAAAAUAUAUCUAUAGAAUUUAGGAAGGGCUUAAUUUUAAAAAUAAAUUCGACGUACGUGUCGUGUGAUUAAAUCAUAUUAUAUUUAUUUUAAUCGUUAAUUAUUAUUACAAACAUUUAACAUACUACAUAUACCUCUGUGAAAUUAUAUAAGAAUACAAUGCAACUGAAUUUGUCAAUGAAAUUUAUAUAAAAUUAAAAUAUAAAUUAAGUAUAAAAGUAGUUAACUUUUUUAUUAAUUUUAGCCGCUGAAAAAAUAUAUGCAUUUAAUUAAAAUUAUCUUGCAUUGUAUUCAUUCAAAUAAUAAAGCUCGUUGUUUAAUUUAUUAUAUGUGGUAAUAUAAUAAUAAAACAAACAAAAAAAUACGCAGCUAAAGAGAUAGAAUCGUCUUAAAUUAAAGUUAUUAUUUGUCCGUGUACGCCAAAUGUAAUUGAAAAAAAAACUGUUUCUUAAUAUCUUAAAGAUUAUAAAAUCUAUAUAUAUAUUUAUAUAUAUAUAAUAAUUGUGCUAUAAAUUAAAUGUAAAAUCUCAUAUCUUUUUUAAUGAAAUUAUUUCCUUUAUAUUUAAACAUUUAAAAUUAAUACACACAUGAAAUUCAUUAUUUCUCACGAUAAUGAUUAAAAAAAAAAAAGUAUUCGAUCAAAUGCUAAACGACAAUUAAUUUCUUCGAUACUUAACUUAAAUUUGUUUAUAAAUAAUAUAUAAAAAUAAAGGAAAAUAAACUAAACAAAGUAGAAUUAAAAACUCAGAUGAAGAAUAUUGGAUGCUAAGCCAAGGAUGACUGAUAAAUAAUAAAAAAUAUGAUACCGAGAUGAAAUAUCGGUAAAUUUAAUAGUAUUUUUUUAAUAGCCCUUUAUCUACUAAAUGAUAAAUACAAAAAAAAGUAACAAACAAACUAAAGCUAUAUAGAGUGUAACUUUAUUUAUCUAAUGAAUAUUUCGUCGAGUUAUAUUUUUUUAAGUGAAGGAAGAUGAAGUGAAGUCUUAUAACUAAAAUGCAUAUAGAAAUUUAUGUAUAUACAUGUAUAUUUAUCAAUAAUUUUAUUAUUAUUAUUA